AUGGAUGCGCUCGUUGAACAGCAUCCGGAACGACCUGUGGUACGCGCAGACUAUUCGAAGACAGCAGUGGAGGUGUUCCAGAUGGUUUGGAAGGCUGAAGAAGAUCAUUUGCACGAGGGCGACCAGGACAUGCCAUUCGAAGCUGCUUUUGAACGAUGGAAAUUCGCGAAAUCCCUCGGAGAUGCACUUGGUCUCCAGGAAGAUGAGAAGGUUAAGGCCUUUGUGGGCUUGUUGUAUCUCGAGACAGACAAGUAUUAG